AUACAUGUGCACGUAACUCAUAGAUUCCGCAGGAUCAUCCACCACACUCUACAAGAUACAGCCUGAGAAUAAAUGAUGAAGUCCCAAACUUGGACAAUUUUCCUGCUUUCCUGCCUUCUGUAUCCACAACCAGUCAUCUCAAAAAAGGUCACAUAUUAUGGAGACCAGGUCCUCAAGAUCACCCCGAAGACUCCCACACAGAGUUUAUAUUUACAAGCACUUACGAGACAAUGGCGGCUAGAUCUGUGGAAACCAGACAGUGUAGAAGACAUUUAUAUGGACAGAGAAAUCCAUGUUCGGGUCCCAUCUACCUACGUCCAGCACAUGAAAGAAAAUCUUGAUCAGCAAAAAGUUCCUUUUAAAAUCAUGAUUGAAGAUGUUCAGAAAUUGAUCGAUAACUCCCUUGCAAGUCGGAGCAGAACAAAGGCGAUAUCUCUGGAAACCUACGACUAUGAUGUGUAUCAUCCAAUGGAUGAGAUUUAUGAGUGGAUGGAACAGAUUAAAGAUAAGCACAGUGAUGUAGUGUCACACCACCUUCUUGGAAAUACCUAUGAAGAACGGACAAUCGAAUAUUUUAAAGUUGGAUUGCCUUCAAAGAAGACGAAGAAAGUUAUAGUUAUGGAUUGUGGAAUUCAUGCACGGGAAUGGAUUUCUGUAGCUUACUGUCAAUGGUUUGUGAAAGAGAUUCUUGCAAAGUACAAGAGUGAUGCAUUGCUGAACAAACUUCUCAAACAAGUUGAUUUCUACAUCGUACCUGUUCUAAAUGUUGAUGGAUAUAUUUACAGCUGGACAAAUGAUCGUCUCUGGAGAAAGAACCGCUCACCACAAAAUGGGACUUGUUUUGGAGUGGAUCUGAACCGUAAUUUUGAUGUAAAAUGGGGUGAGCUAGGUGCAUCAACAAACUGUUUGGAUGUAACUUUCUGUGGACCGUCAGCUGCUUCAGAGCUAGAAACAAAAGGAAUCGUCCGUUUAGUGGAACAGCACAAGCCAAAUAUUCUUAUGUAUUUUUCCAUGCACGCUUAUGCACAACUAAUUCUUCUUCCUUAUGGAUAUACAAUGCAGCCAUCUGAAAAUCACGAUGAAAUGGACAAAGUUGCAAAAGAGGCAGUUGCAAAACUGAAACUUGUACAUGAUUCCACUUAUUAUGUUGGACCUGCAUCACAUAUAUUAUAUUCUACUUCUGGAACUUCAGGAGACUGGGCAGCAGAUAUUGGCAUCAAAUUUUCUUACUCCUAUGAACUAAGAGACGAAGGCGAAUAUGGAUUUGAGCUACCAGCUGAUGAAAUUCAGCCUACUUGUGAAGAAACAUUUGCUUCUAUGCUCUCAAUGUUUGAAUAUAUAGAUAAGCAAUACCUAGGACCUCUUGAUGAUGAUGAUAAAGAUGAUGAUGAUGAUGAUGAUGAUGAUGAUGAUAAUGAUGGUAAUGGGGCAGUGGCUAUCACUUCCCUUUGGAUAAAUAUGCUUCUCUCAUUUGCUGUCUGCAUAUACUGUGCUCUGAUAAAUUAAGAAUGGUAUUCAUGCUUAUGGAAAGCACUUUGAAACAUUCUUUAGUACUAAUAUAAUUAGUCAAUUAAUUAGGCAUAUUACCUUUUACCUUUUUCUUUUAGAUAAUAUCAUUUUAUUCUAGUGUUUAAAGUUUACAGUUGAACUCUGGGAAAAAGUCCUCUCUUGCAGUGGGGCUGUGUGUGCCCACAGUGCCGAAGUUAACUGCUAGUUUAUGCCUGGGGGACAGAGAAAAGUAGUUUUACUUACUUGAUACUCCACUCCCACAGGAUCCUCUGCAAAGGAUCCUCUGCACACCAGCUUCCUGCAGUCCUCUGAUGUCAUCAAGACCUAUGUAGGGACUAUAGCCCUGCAUUGGAUAUGAAGACGCUGAGGGACAGUCUACUGCCGGAGCAGAGGGGUGUGCCGUUUGCUGGGGGAGCAAAGAAUCAGGUCAGUAAAAGUGCUCUCUUCAAUGGUCCUAUGUCCCUCGCUGGCAUCUUCUAUGUGGCUUCUUCCAGGUAUCAGGCUGUGACCAUCUUCAUUAUCUAGUGCAGGAUGAUGUCACUUCUGCACAUGUGCAGAAGUGCAGUCAUCCUGGGAAACAGGCAUUGUGCCGGAAUGUAAACUGAGUGGCGCUUGUGCAGCUCAGUGAACACUCCAAAGAAGACUGCGAGCUGGCAGGUAGGUUUCUUUUAUUGCAGCAGAAAUAUUGCACAGCUCUGCUGCAAUAUAGAGCCUUCCUGCUUGCCGUUUUUAAAAGCAGGACUCUAACAUUCCCUAUAUUUUACUUGUAU